AUGGAUUAUCUUACUCCAACCACUUUACCGCAACCAAAAUUAAAAAGAACAAAUACUGGAUUUACUCCAAAUCAAAUUAUUGCAUUAGAUGCUUCAAUUCCUGAAAGUGCUAAACAUAUUUGGUAUAAAUAUUCUCAAUUAGAUUUAUUAGAAAAAAGAAAUGGUCAUGUUAAUAAUAAUCAUAAAAAAAAUAUAAAAUCAAUUGUUGAUAAACCAGAUAGAUUUGAAGAAGAAUUUGUUAAACAUGUUGAAACAGGUUUGGGUAGAUCAAUGUAUAAUUGUGAUGAUUUAGCUGCUUAUCAAGCUGCUUCAAAUACUAUUAGAGAUGCUUUAGUCAUUGAUUGGGCAAAUACUCAACAAAGACAAACCAUUCAAGAUGGUAAAAGAGUUUAUUAUUUAUCAUUAGAAUUUUUAAUGGGUAGAGCUAUGGAUAAUGCUUUAAUUAAUUUAAAAUGUGAACAAAAUACUAAAAAAUCUUUAUCUGAUUUAGGUUUUAAUUUAGAAGAUGUUUUAGACCAAGAACCUGAUGCUGCUUUGGGAAAUGGUGGUUUAGGUAGAUUGGCAGCUUGUUUUGUUGAUUCUUUAAGUUCAAAAAAUUAUAGUGGAUGGGGUUAUGGAUUAAAUUAUCAAUAUGGUAUUUUUAAACAAAAAAUUAUUGAUGGUUAUCAAAUUGAAACUCCUGAUUAUUGGUUAAAAUAUUCAAAUCCUUGGGUAUUAGAUAGAAAAGAAAUUCAAAUUCCUGUUGAUUUUUAUGGUUAUGUUUAUCAACAAGAAGAUCCAAAUACUGGUAAAGUUAAAAAACAAUGGAAUGGUGGUGAAAGAGUUUUAGCAGUUGCUGCUGAUUUCCCAAUACCUGGUUAUAAUACUGAAAAUACAAACAAUUUAAGAUUAUGGAAUGCAAAACCAACACAUGAAUUUGAUUUUACUAAAUUUAAUGCUGGUGAUUAUCAACAAUCAGUUGCAGCUCAACAAAGAGCAGAAUCAAUAACUUCUGUUUUAUAUCCAAAUGAUAAUUUUGAAAAAGGUAAAGAGUUAAGAUUAAAACAACAAUAUUUUUGGGUUGCUGCUUCAUUACAUGAUAUUGUACGUAGAUUUAAAAAGAAUCAUAAAACAAAUUGGAAAAAAUUCCCUGAACAAGUUGCUAUACAAUUAAAUGAUACUCAUCCAACAUUGGCAAUUGUUGAAUUACAAAGAAUAUUUGUUGAUUUAGAAGGUUUAGAAUGGGAUGAAGCUUGGCAAAUUGUUACAAAAGUUUUUGCAUAUACAAAUCAUACAGUUAUGGCUGAAGCUUUAGAAAAAUGGCCAAUUGAUGUUUUAGGAAGAUUAUUACCAAGACAUUUAGAAGUUAUAUAUGAUAUUAAUUAUUUCUUUUUAAAAUCAGUUGAACAUAAAUUUCCAAAAGAUCGUGAUUUAUUAGCAUCAGUUUCAAUAAUUGAAGAAAGUAAUCCAAAACAAGUUAGAAUGGCUUAUUUAGCAAUUAUUGGAUCCCAUAAAGUUAAUGGUGUUGCAGAAUUACACUCAGAAUUAAUUAAAACUACAAUUUUUAAAGAUUUUGUUAAAGUAUUUGGUGAAGAUAAAUUUACAAAUGUUACGAAUGGUAUUACUCCAAGACGUUGGUUAAGACAAGCAAAUCCAAAAUUAGCAGAAUUAAUUUCUGAGAAAUUGAAUGAUCCAAAUUAUGAAUAUUUAACCAAUUUAGGUAGAUUAAAGAAAUUAGAAAGUUUUAUUGAUGAUAAACAUUUCUUGAAAGAAUGGGAUGCUAUUAAAUUUGAUAAUAAAAGAAAAUUAGCAUUAUUAGUUAAAUCUGAAUGUAAUGUUGAUUUAGAUCCAACUGUUUUAUUUGAUGUUCAAGUUAAAAGAAUUCAUGAAUAUAAAAGACAACAAUUGAAUAUAUUUGCAGUUAUUUAUAGAUAUUUACAUAUUAAAGAAUUACAAUCACAAGGUGUAUCAAUUGAUGAAAUUAAAGAAAAAUAUUAUAUUUCAAAAGCUUCAAUUUUUGGUGGUAAAGCAGCACCAGGUUAUUAUAUGGCAAAAACAAUUAUACAUUUAAUUAAUAAAGUUGGUGAAGUUAUUAAUAAUGAUGAUACAAUUGAUAAUUUAUUAAAAGUUGUAUUUAUUCCAGAUUAUAAUGUUUCAAAAGCAGAAAUUAUUUGUCCUGGUUCAGAUUUAUCAAAUCAUAUUUCAACUGCAGGCACUGAAGCUUCAGGUACUUCAAAUAUGAAAUUUGCAUUAAAUGGUGGAUUAAUAAUUGGUACUGUUGAUGGUGCAAAUGUUGAAAUUACAAGAGAAAUUGGUGAAGAAAAUAUUUUCCUUUUUGGUAAUUUGGCUGAAAGUGUUGAUGAAAUAAGACAUCAACAUUUUGUAGAAGGUGUUCAUAUUCCGGAAACUUUACAAAAAGUAUUUAAUGCAAUUGAAUCGGGUAAAUUUGGUCAUGCAGAUGAAUUUAAACCAUUAAUUGAAAGUAUAAGAGAUCAUGGUGAUUAUUAUUUAGUUUCUGAUGAUUUUGAUUUAUUCUUAGAUGCUCAUAAGAAAUUAGAAAAAGAAUUUGGUCAUCAUGGUGGUGAUUCUGAAGAUGAUGAUCAUUUAUUUAGAUGGGUCAGAAAAUCAGUUUGGUCUGUUGCAAAUAUGGGUUUCUUUUCAAGUGAUAGAUGUAUUGACGAAUAUGCUGAAAAUAUCUGGAAUGUUGAGCCAUCAAAUUUAUAA